AUGUGUGGUCGAUACGCAUUGGCGCUCCGCGCCUCUCAAAUACGCCAAAUGCUACAGGACGACGACAUGCCCGUAGACUAUUCGGUAGAUGACGAGGACGGCCCCGGCGCCCCCCGGCAAUCAUACAACUUUGCUCCCGGAUACCACGGCGUCGUCUACAGAGCCGAUACCCCGGACUGGGGGGCGGGCCCCCGGUCCCGAUCUCACCAGGCCAAGGGCAACGACGGCGACGAGGCCGCGCCAACCGAAGAGGAUGCUGCCGCUGCCGCUGCCACCGCGGGCCAGGUCAAGUACAAGCUGCAAUCCAUGAAAUGGGGUCUUGUUCCGUUCUGGACCAAGCGAAACCCCGACUACCAGACCCUCAUGAGGACCAUCAACUGCCGCGAGGAUUCCCUCAGCACCCCCGGCGGCAUGUGGGCGUCCAUGAAGAACAAGAAGCGCUGCAUAGUCAUUGCCCAAGGAUUCUUCGAGUGGCUCAAGGCCGGGCCCAGGGACAAGCUGCCCCAUUUCGUCAGGCGAAAAGACGGCCGCCUCAUGUGCUUUGCCGGACUGUGGGAUUGCGUCCAAUACGAAGGCUCCGACGAGAAGCUGUACACCUACACCAUCAUCACCACCGACUCCAACAAGCAGCUCAAGUUCCUGCAUGAUCGGAUGCCCGUCAUUUUCGACCCGGGCUCCGACCAGAUCACGCAGUGGCUCGACCCGGCCCGGCACGAAUGGUCCCGCGAGCUGCAGUCCCUGCUGAAGCCCUUUGGCGGCGAGCUGGACGUGUACCCCGUCACAAAGGACGUGGGCAAGGUCGGCAACAACUCGCCGUCGUUUAUCGUCCCGCUCGACAGCAAGCAGAACAAGUCCAACAUUGCGAAUUUCUUCUCGAGCGCGCAGAAGAAGGGGCCCAAAGAUGCCGAAUCGGCCGCCGUCAAGACAGAAGACUCCAGCGUCGAGCGUAAGCCUGUGGAGGCGGAUGAGCGAGAGAAGCGCAAGGAGCCGCCGACGAGUCCGGAUCGCCCGGUGAAGAAGACGGCUUCGGAGAAGGCAAAGAUUAGUUCGACCAAGAAUGAGCACAAGAGCCCCAAGAAGGUCAAGGGGCCGGGGUCGCAGAAAAUUACGAGAUUCUUUGGAAAUGCGUCAUGA